AUGGCUUUGUGUCAGCGUCUACUGCAGAACAGCUCAUUCUGCCUUGCAAAACCGAUUACUUCUGUUGCUUCACUCAUGACAUCCUCAGAAGAAAUUUUGAUUGAGAAGUUCGGCUCAAAACGUAUUGUAACCUUGAAUAGGCCAAAGGCUUUGAAUGCCCUUAACUUGAGUAUGGUUCGUGAGAUUUACCCGCAAUUGAAGAAAUGGGAGAACUCAACUGAAAUUAAGAUGAUUAUCAUCAAAGGUUCCGGAGAAAAGGCUUUCUGCGCUGGAGGAGACGUCCUAGCUGUUAUCAAAUCUGCUAAGGAAGCUCAACGCAAUCUUAAAGCAGAUACAACUUUGCACAAAGAUUUCUUCAGAGAGGAGUAUCAGUUAAACCACUUGAUUGGAUCUUUGACCAAGCCUUAUGUUGCUUUCAUUGAUGGCAUCGUAAUGGGAGGCGGUUGUGGUCUUUCCGUGAAUGGCCAAUUCCGUGUGUCAACCGAGAAAACGAUGUUAGCUAUGCCAGAGACAGCACUUGGACUAUUCCCCGAUGUAGGGGGAUCUUACUUCUUGAGCAGGCUGAAGGAUAACCUCGGAAUGUACUUGGCUCUUACGGGAUACAGAUUACAAGGAGCUGAUGCCUUCCAUAGCGGCCUCGCAAGCCACUAUGUUCCCUCAUCUGAACUUCCAAGCUUACAAGAAAAACUUAUACAAUUGGAGAAUGUCACGGAACAAUCUGUAGACAGCACUAUCUUAAGUUUUGAGCCUUGUCAAAUCCCCGCAUUCUCCUUGGAGGAGCACAUUCCAAAGAUUAGAAGCACUUUCCAUGGAAAAACCAUUGAACACAUCAUCGACAACUUAGAGAAAGACGGAUCUGCUUGGGCCCAAACUCAACUGAAAACUUUGUCUAAAAUGAGUCCAACUUCCUUGAAAGUUACAUUCCGCCAAAUCGAAAAUGGAGCUAAAAUGAGCUAUGCCAAGAUCUUCACCAUGGAAUACCGACUCACCCAACGCUUUUUGGCCGACCAUGACUUCCACGAGGGAUGUAGAGCUAUUUUGAUCGACAAGGAUAGAAAGCCUAAAUGGAAUCCUGCUGAAUUGCACGCAGUAACGGAAGCCACUUUAGAUUCAUACUUCGCACCUCUCCCACACGGACAAGAUCUUAUCCUAUACGAUGACUAA